AUGUCCAAGCCCUUCAACUUCCACAUCCCCUCGUCCUCCAUCUUCAACCCCGAUCCCGAGUCCGACAACGCUCCCAACCCAACCACCUCCAACACCCUCGGCAACAGCAUCUUCUUCGCCCCCUCCACACCCGACCGCUUCGGCACCAACACCACCAAUAACCGCCAAUCCACCGCCUCCCAACACAACGCGGCCCCGUACACCGGCGCCACCAACCGCUCGACCACACCGUCGGGGCCCGCGCCUAGCGAGCCGGACUACCGCGGCAGUAGGGCGAGUAACAACAGUGAUUUGAACGACGUGUCGACGGCGAGUUUUACGCCGGCUGGGGCGCCGUCGGAGCGGUAUUUGGGUGGGUCGAUUUUGAAGGGGAUGGAUACGAAUACUGGAAGGGAGCGGGGGGAGCAGCCGCCGAAGGGGUUGUUUGCUAGUGGUGGGCCGACGAAGGGACUUGGCCAGCCGGCGCAAGGGCUAUUUACCAGUGGUCAGCCUGCUAAAGGGUUGUUUACUACCAAUCAAAGCAACGCACCAUCCGGUCCUUCGCCCGCCGCGCCGGGACUAUUCACCGGCAUCGGCGGUGGGUUUGAUUCAGCCAGCGGGUUUACAAGCAACGCCGGAAACACCGCGAAGAAGACUCUGUUUUCCAACUUGGGCGGCGACGGCGGGGCCGGACCCAAAAACACACCCCUCGGCCGAUCGAUCCGCGGGACGGCACACACGCGACAGCCGUCAAGGUUGAGCAAGUCGGUUAUGGUGGCUGAGGAGGAGGAGGAGGAGAGUCCGAAACGGGCUGGACCAUCUAGCGUUACAGCACAGAAGGCUACUACUGCUACGAGUGCUGGCGGGCGCGGGAGGACGUUUGGUGUGCCGCUGGAUGAAGAAGAUGAAGGGGAUAGCGAGUAUCUGGACGAUGCGGAUGCGGAUGGGGAAGGGGAUAUGUGGCUGGAUAUGCCGGAGGAGGGCGGUCGGUCUGGACCGGGGGAUGAGUCGGACCUGAUGAUGCUGGCUACGCCGGCGGCGACGGAGAGAGUGCGGCGCGAGGCGGAGGAUCUUUUCCGGGCGUCGUCGUUCCAUACCGGGACGGGUGCCGGUGUUGGUGCUGCCGCUGGCUCGGCUGCGGGCGCGGCUAGACGGCGUGAGCUGCGGUAUGCGGCGCUGGCCAAGGAUGUCUACCAACGCAUGGGCACGGCUGAGUUGACGGAGCCGCCUGAGGUGAUCCUGGACACGGACAAGCUGCUCGCGAAGCUGUACGACGAAGGGGUGGGUGCCGGGGAUGUUGCGGGGGAGGACAACGACGACGACGGCAAGCUGGACGACGCGCUCGCGACGGUGGCGAGCAAGUUGGUGGGGCUGUGGAAGGAUUAUGUUGAUACGCUGCCUGCGCCGACGGGGCAGGACCACGCGGUCGAGAUCGGACCCGGCCCGUAUGCCACGGCCUUUGAACAGGCGCACUACCUGGCCAACCUGGCGCUGCAGGUCCAUCAUACGCGGUACUACGCCGAGAACAACUACGACGGAGAUAAAAACCUGGGCCGCGCGGAACCACUUCCCGAAACGCUAUUCCGCUGGCUGGGCGAGAACCACGACAUGUACGGCCACCAGGUCGACGAGAUCCUGCGCCACCGGCCCAGCCCCGCAUGCCACUCGCUCUUCUGGCAAGCUGUCUUCCUGUCGCUGCUGCGCGGGCGAGUCGUCGACGCCGUGCGGCUGCUAGACAACGCAGGCUGGGGCCACGUCCGACGAGGUUCCUCUUCUCGCGUCCCUGGCGGUACCGGCAGUGAAUACGCCUAUACCGGCCGGGCGCUAGAGAACGUCGAGCGGGCAGUACACGAGACCAUAGCCGUGCUGGAGACGUGUCCCGGGAUCGACGGGCAGUGGGAGAUCUGGGCCAGCGACUGGAACUUGUUCCGGGUGCGGGCACGGGCCUCGCUAGAACACCUGCGGCGGUUUGCUGAGGGGAAGGACGCCGCGUUUGGGGAGCCGGGGUUCUCGUCGCCGGGGGAUACGAGAGGUGGGAAUGCAAACCGACUUAAACAAUCCAUGGCCGGGCUGGCGCGCCGGGCUGAGAGCCAGGUGCCGUGGGAUAUCUACGAGAACCUGAAUGUCGUGUUUGACAUUGUGCUCGGGCAGGAAUCAGCCAUCCUCGAGGCCGCGCAGGACUGGCUGGAGGCCACCGUCGGAUUGUUCGGCUGGUGGGACGAGCGAGCCGCCGGCGGAGCUCCGACAACAACCGACCGGCCAUUCAACAUGUCGCAGUCCCUCUCCCGGUCGCAGGCGCUGGUGUUGCCCGGUGGUGCUGCUGGCCAAGGCGAUACCGAGAGCUACCUCGACCGACUGGCGCGGACCUUCCACAUGGCCGUCGCAUCGGACUUCCACUUCAACUCGCAGAGCCCUGUCGAGGUUGGCAUGGCGUGUGUGUUUGAGGACAAUGCGAAAGGGGUCAUUGGCUUGCUGCGUGGCUGGUCGUUGCCGAUUGCGGCCGCCGUGGCGGAGAUUGCGUCGCUGGGCAAGUGGCUGCCGCCGCAUCAGUUUCUGUUGUCCGCGGGUGGCGGAGCCGGUGGUGCGGGUUGGGGAAUGGGGGAUCUGGAUAUGGAUGAUUUGGAGGUGCUGGGGAUGGAUCCGGGUGCGCCGGCGCCGGAUGAGGUGGAUGGGAUUAAGGAUAGUACGCUGGUGCAGUAUGCGCAGGCGUUGGCGGAUUAUCAGGGGUUGAACUCGCAGGAGGCUGAGACGGAAGAGAAAGAUGGUUGGGAGCUGGCGAUCAAUGUGCUCGGCCGGAUGGAUGCUUCGGAACGGUCGGAGGAGGUCAUUCGGGAAUUGGUCGAGGGGUUGGUCAGUGAGUUGCAUGUGGACUCGCGGGCUACGGUUGAUCGGCUGUGGUGGUUGCUGAAUGAGCUGGGCAUGAUUGAGUAUGCCGAGGACACGACCGAGACCUACGGCAACAUCCUCGCCCGCGACUCGCACCGCUACGGCGAAGCCAUGUGGUACUACGCCCUCGCCCACCGCCCCAAUAAAGUCCGCGAAGUCAUGAACCUACUCAUCGCCUACUCCCUCCUGCAAUCCACCGCCUUCCCCCCGGCCGCCGAUCUCGACGACCACCUACGCCGCCUGCUCGCCGACCGCCAGCAGACCCUGCAGCAAGCCGCCGCCCAGGACGUCGAGGCCGCCGAGCUGCUGGGCAAGAUGCUCAGCGGGUAUGCGGCGUUGCGUCAGUUCUACGAUCUGCGCGAUAAUACCGGGUUGACGGACACCGAAACGGGCUCAGUAGUCCUAACCGAAACAGCACGCCGCCAACAAGCCGCCGCCGCGCUAGUCAGCGUCAUCGCCGCAUCAGACGACAACAUCCGCGGCGGGCUAUUCGACCAGACCCGCGACGGCAUCGUCAGCGAAGAUUUCCUCCUCGCCCUGCUCGGCGAGGCCCUGGUGUUUGUCUCCAACCCGGACGACACCAGCGUCCAUCAUCUUGGUGGUCAUCAUCCCACCGCCGGUGGAACCGCCCGUAGCGGUGCGGCCCUCUCCCUCGAACAAAUCGACACCCUCCUCAAAGCCAUCGAGGACUUGCAAGCCGUCGCGCCCCGCGUGUACACAGCGUGUGAUGACUUCUUGAAGCUUGUGCUUGCUUCCGCACCAGGCGGUUUGAAGGGUUCGACGCCGGGGGAUUUACUCAAGUCUACUACCUCUACCACCCCCAAUAGUCACGGCAAGGGUAAAGGAGGAGGGGGGAAUAUGAUGGCGGGUAAUUCGCUCGUGGCGAGUCAACUGCAAAAGUCGUUGAGUGGGGGGAAGGUGUUGGCGCUCGGGAAGGUGCCGGUGCCGAGGGGAUGGGAUUGGAGGGGGGGUUUGGUGGCGGGGACGGAGGGGGGGACGGUGUUGGGACGGUUGAGGUUGGGGUUGGCGAGGGAUUUGGCGGGGUUGUGGGUUGAGGGGUGGUGA